AUGGAUGAAGCAGCUUUCAUGGCAGUGAAAUAUGGAAUACAAUCGGGGCAUGCAAUACUAUAUGAUCAACAAACAAAGGUCCAAUGGAGUAAAUAUGUCUGGGAGAGAUGCAAUAUACCGAAACACAGAUACAUUCUAUGGCUGACGUUACACCAGAAGCUGAAAACUAGAGACUACCUCAAUAAACACUGUCAGGUAGUGGACAAAAUGUGCUUGCUGUGUGGGAAUCAUACAGAAGAGAUAUCACAUCUAUUUUUUCAAUGUGAUUACAGCAGAUUAUGUCUUGUGAAAUUGAAAGAGUGGAUUGGCUGCAGAGCUCAAACAGGGAAUUAUCACACACUAUUGCGUUGGAUCUCCAAAGCAAAACACCUUACUAAACUCAGGAGAAGUUUUUACAUAGCUGCUGUAUCAGCUCUAGUGUACCAUAUUUGGAGAGUCAGAAAUGAUGUGUUGUGGUCCUCUAAGAUAUGGCAUGUCAAUCAUACAAUGGAGGUCAUUAAGAGAGAGCUAAAAUUGAGACUUACUGUAAUGUAUAAAGGGAAACAAAAUAGGGAUAAAGAAUGGUAUCAGAAAUUGUAA